GCCAAUAGCACGACAGGAGGGGCGUGUCCCUUUCCGAGGGGAUGCUUGUGCCGUGUAAUGGAGUCUCAGUCGGUGAGCGGCCAUUGAGAGAGAAGGGAGCUGUGUGUUGAGCGGCUCGGCAGGGACGGAUCGCUUCGGCGCCUUUAAUUUCCCUUCGGUGGUCGUUGUUCGGUCUGGUGAGGCCGCCCGGCGGGUGUGCAGCUGUCCGGUGUGACCCCCUCGGAAGGUGGGACCGGGAAGAUGGAGAUGAAGAAGCGCAUCGCCCUGGAGCUGAGGAACCGAUCCCCGGCUGAGGUGACGGAGUUGGUUCUGGACAAUUGCCGGUCCGGUGACGGGGAGAUUGAAGGUCUGAAUGACGGGUUCAAGGAGCUGGAAUUCCUCAGCAUAGCCAACGUGGAGCUGACGUCCCUCUCCAAACUGCCCCCCCUGUCCAAGCUCCGCAAGCUGGAGCUCAGUGAUAACAGCAUCUCCGGAGGCCUGGAGGUCCUCGCCGAGAAGUGUCCCAACCUCACUUAUCUCAACCUGAGCGGUAACAAGAUCAAAGACCUCAGCACAGUGGAGGCCCUGACACACCUGAAGAAUCUGAAGAGUUUGGAUUUGUUUAAUUGCGAGCUGACCAACCUGGAGGACUACCGGGAGCAGAUCUUCCGCAAGCUGCCGCACAUCACCUACCUGGACGGCUUCGACCAGGAGGACAACGAGGCCCCGGACUCCGAGGAGGACGAUGCAGAUUGUGAGGAAUGUGAAUUUCCUGAAGAUGAGGAUGACGAGGCCGGCCCCCCCGGCGGCGACUACGAUGAGGAUGAUGAUGAUGAGGAGGAGGAGUCAGACCUGGAGGAGGCGGAGGAAGUCGGCCUUUCCUAUUUAUUGAAGGAAGAGAUACAU